CCGGCUGGAGCUGUGCAGGCGUGCAACUUCUGGGGAGCGUGUGUGCGUGCAUGGCAGUUACCAUGUCGGGCCCGAGCUUGGCCUUGGCUUCCCUGACCGCCACCUACACGGACUCGGAGGGCGAGGAUGAGGUGGAGGACAACGACAAGUCCCCGGCCGACAGCGUGCGCUCGGUGGCGUCCGCCGUCGCCACCCCCGCCCAAGCCCCCCUCGGUGGCGCCCCUCGUGUCGUACCACGACGACACCGUGGUCUCGGACGAGGAGGGCGAGGGCGGGGACCCGGAGCGGAGGAGGAGCAGCCUGGGGACGGAGGUCGAGCCCUCGGAGGAAGUGCAGCUGCCCUCGGAGCCGGCCGGCCGCUGCUCCAACGAGCUCCAGGAGAAAAUAACCAACUUCUACGAGCAGAUGAAGACCAAGGGACUGGACAUGAACAGUGUGAUACAGCAGCGCAAAGACUUUCGGAACCCGAGCAUAUACGAGAAGCUCAUUCAGUUUUGCAACAUCAACGAACUGGGCACGAACUACCCCGCGCACAUUUACGACCCCCUGCGGUGGGGUAAAGAGUCGUACUACGAGGAGCUCGCGAAGGUGCAGAAAGCGGAGAUGGACCGUCGCGAGAAGGAGAAGAAGGAGAAGACGAAGGUGGAGUUUGUCUCGGGUACGGCCAAGCGGCCGGGCAGCGGCUCGGGCGCGGAGGACGAGGCUAAGAAGCGCAAGUCGAAGUGGGACCAGGUGGGCACGGCGUCUGCGGGCGCGCAGCUGAAACCUGCCAGCCUCGUGCAGCAGACUUCCCUCACGUCGAACGUGACCGGGACGAAAGGGACUGUCCUCUCCGCGUUUGGCUCCCUCCCUAGAAAGAGGCUAUGAAAGUUUCAGCAAUAGGAGAAUGAAGAUCUAAGUGGUCGACUGUUACUUCCCAUGUCAGCGGGGCAGAAGCGACGGUCAUUCACUGCCCGUUCGCCUCGUGUUUGCAGGCGUCGCAAACAAUCGCAGCCGGCCUCGGGCUGUAUGCGAUGGCAAGAAGAGGUGAGUUUUCUUACCAGAGCCACGGUGGCACUUAGCUUAUUUUGUGUCCUCCCCUGAAAUGUCUAAACAUUCAAUAAAAUCAAUAGGCAAGGCAGCCUUGUUCCAAAAAUUGUCGUAGUGUAUGUUUAAUUUUUUCUACGUUAAUGUCUUCUGGUUCACAUUCUUAAUUUUUUCGACAUCUUUGAGUGGAAGCCUAAUCUUCUAAAUACAAAAUGUUAUGUUGUACCACCUACAUUGUCAUUGGCUGACUGUAUGAACAACAUUGCAACAGAAAAGUUGUAUGGAGGUUAAAUAUUCAGCAUAUAAACUUGAAAGCUAAUAAGUUAAGGCUGUGUCCAAACUCGUGUAUGUACAUAGUUGUGCCCUGGCAUUCGUAACUCACCCUUGUCUGUUUGGAAAAAAUUGGGAUGUGUAAAUUUUUUAACCUCUAUGACUACAGCUAGUCAUAACAAGGUUGCAAUUUUUUUUUUCUUAAAAUAAAAAAAAUGUGUAAAUAACGUACUAAGUUAUAAUAAUCUUUUUCAACUGUUACCCCUUGGUUUCAUAAGCCAUGAUUAGAACUUCUAUUUUUUAUAGGAACUUGGAGCAUACAAGUAUUAUUAGUAUUCAUUAAAUAUCUUAACUAUGUCAAUAAAUGAAUGAUUUUGAGAGUCAUUAAAUUAAGAAAACAUUCGGUAUCAAAUAUAACACAGCUACAGAAUGUUAAUGAUCGCUGCAAAGGGCAUUAAAAUUGCACCCUUUUUUUUUUGUGUCAGAUUAACAAAAGUCAGUAUAGUUUUGACGGGAGUACCAAAAAAAUGAGCUGUUAAAAAAGAGUCUCUGAUUUAGCAAAGCAUUCAUGAUUUGGAUUUCUUAAAAGAAAAAAAAAGCUUGUAUUCACGCAGUAAAAUAUACACCAGUAUCUGGCUGGUGUCAAAUUGCAGAAUAUGCCAAACUGAAAAAUUCUCAAUUAAAGAGUGAUUACUGAUGUUAUUUUUUCUUAAAAGUCUUACCAAAUUAAGCUACAAAAACAAAAUAUUAGUUACUUAUAGAUGGUGGAGGUUGGAUUGUGUUUAUUUCUUCCUGGAAAUUGCUAUAGGGGUAAAAAAAAUUUAAACCUUUGUCCACUGUAUGGAUGUCAUUCUACAAACACUUGUAAAGUUUCUAUAAAUUUACAAUCAUUCUACGUAACUGUUGUAUUAUUUCAAAACUACUGUCAUAUUUUUUUCCCUCACUAUAUUUAAAGAAAUUCAUAGUUCCGUACACCACAACUGUAAUAAAAAUAAUAUUGCUUAAGUUUAGGACUAUCCUAAUGAGAAAAAUUGCAUAAGAAAAAUAUGCAUUGCUUUAUUAAUGGAUUCUAAAAAAGUUAUUCGUACCUUUUUUGCAUGAUGGAAUACAGCUGUAAUUUGUUUUCCUAAUCUUAACCUAUUCAGACAACCUAAAUUUCUGAUGUACUUGGUGGGUUCAGUGGAGUUUUAGUCUGUUGGAAUUUUUUUUUUUAAAUAUAAUGCAGUAAUGAAAAUGCUUACAAUUAAAUUUUUUCUGCUUGCUUUCGUUGUUAAAAUAAAAGGAUUCCAAUUGCUUUGUACAGGGUGGCCCCCGACCCUUGAAAUUGGCCUGUAAUAUUUUUGGUCCUAGGAAAACCUUGAGGAACUAGUUAAUUUUUUAAAGCCAUCAGGAAUGAUUUGUUUUGUCCAGCAAGAUGAAAAGAGCUUAGUUGAAAAACUGCUCGUCAUGCCCACAAUCUGUCACUUUUGCCAUUUUUGAGGGCUGUAUGCCCUUUUUUUAGUGUCGUUCACAGCUCAGUUGAAAAACUACACGUGAGUUGAGGAAUGUGAUAUAUGUUAAGAAAACACUAUGGGUUGCUGGUGAUUAGCUGAAGGGGGAGGUGUUCCCUACUCAUUCAUUCUCUUCUUUUCUUUCUGUUUUAUUUUUACGAUUACAAUUACAUCUGAAGAUUUCAACAGGCAGUAAUAAUAAUUGAAAGCCAUGACGGAAAACUGUUACUUUUAAUUGUCACGUGAAAGACUGGAGAGACUAUUGCAGAAUAAAACCUAAAAAUUAUUUUGAAUGUGUAAGAAACCUGACUAGCGGAUACUGCUGUUAGACAAGUUUAUGACAGAGUGAUAAAUGCAGCCGUUAAAAGCAGUUAAAAUCACAAAUUCCUUGCUCCAAGCAGCGUGAAAUGUCCAUGCUCAUUAUGUCAGCCCUCCUAAUUCCUUUUUGGAAUAUCUUACAUGAGUAUGUAUAGUGACAAGAAGCGCUCCUAAGAGAGGAAUUUGUAUGGUUGUUGUGUAUGUUAUACCUGUAUUACAUCAACAAAGAAACUGGCUGGUUAAAUUUAUUAAUUUUGCCCAACUUUUUUUUCUUCAAUGGGGCUUGUUUUUAAAUAAUGGAAGACAAAACAAUGUAAAUUUUAAUUUCAGACCCUUUAAAACCAGGAAAUAACCAGGAAUUUGGAACUCCGCAGUGGCCACCCUGUUUUAUAUAAGACCUUGUGUAAAUGCAAAAUGGAUCCAGUUUGAAGAUACUUUGUAGCCAAUCUUUUCCUGCACCUGUCAUAAAUCAGUUUUAUCACGAAAGCUCAUGUUUUCAUUAAAAUUUAAUAGCGGAUGCUAGUAUUUCAGGUUGGUGUUUUUUUUUUUUUAGCUCUUUUUUUUGUUUUUGUCAUGGCCACAUGUCAAACAUAAAACCAGGCUUUUUUAUGAAUCUUUAAAUUUAUUUUUGUCUACAAUCCUGGAAAAUUGUUGUUCAUGCGUUUGUCUGCAUGUUAUGGCUGUUUCAGACAAAUUUGUCAAAUACGUCAUUCACCUUAGACCCAAGGUAAAGAAAACUUAAUAAGUCUUGAACAUUCAUAAUUAAUACAUCUUGGUAUAACUAUUCGUCAGUUUUCCUUUUACAUAUGUAACAUUUAUUUUCUCACGAAAGCUUAUGAUUUUUCUAUUCAAAAAUAAUUUUAGGGGGAGAAUGCACAUCUUUUGAAAUAGUUUCAGUAAGAUCAUGUUCACAGGCUUAAAAUUUAUAAUAUGAUUGCGUUAAUAGUGUGUGCCUUUCUAAAGAAUGUUAAACUCUGGCACAUUUAAAACACUUAUAAAUAUAAUUCCGUUUGCAUAACAAAACUUCACAGAUGGAAUCAAAAAGUCCUGUUUAAAUGUGCUAAUGCUUGCACAAGCAUCUUGCAUACUUGCAAGUUGUACUUUUGCCCUAGGCUGUUGUCACUUCACGUAAAACAUUGUUCAAUUUUGUUUACCAGAGUAGUUACUAUUUUUUUGUGGUGUUAAUGGUUACUUUUGAUGUUUUGCCCUCAUGGAAUAGUUCAGCCAUCGAUGCCUGGUUGGCCCGUGCUGUUUGAAGGUUGGCUACCUUCAUCUGUACGAACACGCAUGAUGAAAGAAACCAAGGUAGGCAUCGUAUGCUGAUACUUGUAAAAUGUACCAGUUUUGAUUAUUUGAUCAGUUUCUGUUGCUUUGCUGUAAUUUUUUUUUUUUACAUUGAUUGUGGUUGUUUUUUCUUGUAUCAUUUUAUUAAAUAAACACUUGAAAUUUUUGGCAAAGUGUUUUGCAGUCACGUGUAUUAUAAAUUAAAAGAAUAUUGCAUUAAAACAAUUUAUAAAAUGUUUGUUUAUACACCUAGUUUUAAAGGUGUAAUAAUACUGAAACACAUGUUUUCCUUAUUUUGAAAGAGUACAUUAUGUAUUAAAUAGUUGGAAAAAAAUUGUAAACCAUUCAAGAAGUAAAAAAAAGCUAUGUUGCUCAUUUUAUGACAGGUUAUCUUAUGUGCUGCUACUUAAAUUGCUAUUGCAUGAAGUCUGCACACCCAAACUGCUCUUCCGCUAAAUAAUUGACUUCCUGUUUCAUGCUGAACACUACUGGUGUAUUUUACAGAUACUGUAAUCUUAAUUUUAUGAGCCACAUGUUAAAAUUAUUUGUAAUUUUACAAUCAGUUUAUUGUGCAAAUUAUUUUGUCUGAAGUAGGAUUCUAGUCUCACAUUUUUACAGCCAUUUUAAUUUCAUUUAGUUUGAUAAAAAAUGUAGAAGAUUGUCAUAUUAAAAACUUUUUGGAGGUUCAACAUGCAAAAUGCUCAGAUUGUUGACAAUGUAUCCGAGGUGGUAACAGUUCUGUUUGACGUGUCCUCGAAGACAUGAAAGUCUCUAAGUUUUAUUGGUGUUGCUUACUUGUUGGGACUAUCAGAUAUGUACGGUACUCAGUCAACUCAUUCUUUAAAAAAAAAAAUUUGUCUGGUGUGUUGAACUAAUUCCUUAGAUGUGAAGCCCAUGUGUAUGCGUAACUAAGAUUUUUGAAGCACUUGUGUUGCGUGGGCACGAAGUAUUAAUGCUUGUGUGUUACUUCAAGGUUGUGUAAGUCCAAAGCUUCGCGGGGCCCACAGAGUGUAAGAUGUAGCGACCCCCCUCGGCCCCCAACAGCCGGUCACGGUUGCCAAAGUAACGCUCAGCCCGGCCGCCUGCAGUCUGCAGUGGUGACGUGGGCGCGAGCUGGUUGGUGCAGCGUCUGUGACGUGAUGUUAAGAUCUCUGUACGUAAUGAUGCCCUCUUGCCUGCAGAUUAUGAUGGUUUACCAUGGUUUAUGAUAAGAGACCGGAAAAAUUCGCGGGUUCAUUGCCCUGUAGGAUGAACUCCAUAGUUAUACGUACGCUCGGUCAAAUGGCACCCACUGAUUGGCUGCUGUCUUGCGAGACGUCCCAACGUAGUAGCCUGUAAUUCUAUAAAGCUUUGGUUUGGUGUUUCUAAUUGGCCCAGAGUCAUCCAGGUGAGUUGCGAGCCAAUAGCAGAGGCAGCACUGAGGUACAACUAUUUGUAUUUUAGCCUAUCGCGAAAUGAAUUCGCGAGUUUUUCCGGUCUCUAUGUAUGAUGUAUCUUACCAGUGCAUGUCUUGCAGCGAGUAGUGUUCAGGAUGCAUUACUUUGAAAAUUCAAAUUAAAUAUCUUUUAUUUAUUUUUUAUUUUUACCAUCUCCGCUUUAACAAUUGUACCUUCAAAUUAACAUUGUUUCAUUACAUCUUGUUACUAAUCUCAUAGUUUUUUUUUUUUUUACUUCAUUAGAGUUUUUAGUACAGAUUUUUUAAAAGUUUUAGCAAUGUCAUUUGCUGCCUCUUCUGUCUGAAAGUAGUGUAGUAAGGCUGUUAACCUGUUUCUAUGUGCCUUAGAAAGUUGAAACAUUAUUUGUGUUGUGUUAAUUGCAUAACAAUCAUUCUUUUUUUUUUUGUAGGCAAUUUGCAUUUUUAAGGGUUCUCUUGCUGCAACACAUGCACUAUAGUGACACUUAAUGUGUUCUGCCUUUUGAAAAAUUGUCCGUAACUGUUGUAAGUGCGACUGGUAAAGAAAUUUACAAAAGGUUUUUUUUAGAAUGGGUUGUUACAGGUUUUUAUAAUUUAAAAAUAUUUGCUUGGAAGAUCAAACAAAUGUAAAAAAAGGAAGCUAUUUUAUGUUGUUCACUUUUUUAUAAAGAGAACUGUAGUACAAUUUUCCAACCCCAAAAAAAAAAAUGUUUGUGUGUGUAUCUUAGCACAGUAGUGUAGAAAAUAAUGAAAUAACUGAGAGCUCUUGUUUACUUGAUGCUUGUAUAUGUUUUUGAAACUUCUUGGUGAAAAUUUGGUAACUAUAAAAUCAGAAGAUAAUUUGUAUUCACUCUAAAUCCAUUUCAAAGUAAUUCAUUCACAUGAAAAAAAAUUGUUUCAUUAUAACAGUAAUUUUAAACUGGGUUGUUGUUUAAGUCUGAAGCCAGUUAGGUUGUUUGCUGUCACGUCAUUUUCAAAAUUAGUUCUUGGCCACUUCAAAUCCAGAAUAAGAAAAUUACCUUAAAAACCUUACAGGAAAAUGAGCAACACUAGUGCAAACAAUAUUCUUUUUAACGCAUGUUCACCAUUUUAUUGUUACGCACUGCUUGACAAAAAAUAUGUUACACACCAGCUUUACUGGUUUUUGAUGGUGUAUUUCACCAGAAAAAUCUCAGUGAUGUGGAAAUGAUAAAUACGAGAAAUGAUACAAUGCCUGUAUGUCAACCUAAUGAAAACAUAUUUUCAAAAUGCUAUUCAUGUAGCUGGUUUUUUGCAAUUCUUUCCAGCAAUUAAUUUUAUUGCAGAGUUAAAAUAACUUAAGAUACCAAAAUGAAAUGUUUUUGCUCGAAUAUUAAUAUUUUUGCAUGCAAAGGUUCUUGUACCAUAAUCUGUGGGCAUUUGUAAUUCGAUUGAGAUUGAGUUUCUGUGCUUACCAUUUGCUAGUGAUGUUUUAAAACUGCUUUUAAAUACACUUGUUCCACAGUUUUUGUUACAAAAUAAAAUUAAGUUUUUGUACAAUAUGUUUUCUUACAAAAUGAAAUAUACUGAAAAUGAAUUUGUUA